AUGGAUGAAAUUAGAGCCAACGAAUCAUCAUCUAUAGUGCCGUUGGAGUUUGCUGCAAAUAAUAGGUCAUUUGUUUGGCAUUAUUUUAAAAAAAAUGGACACUAUGCAAAAUGCGAUAUCUGUGGAAGAUCAUUAACAUAUGUAGAUGGCUUAACUUCAAACCUUAGAAAACAUUUAAAAUUGCAUAUUCACAUAGAUAAAGUACCAGAAUUAAUUAGCGAACUUACAAAAAAUCAACAAA